AUGCCGCUUCUCUUCCCCAAUCUUCGGAUCUCACAGGUCUUUGGCGCCAAUACGGAUGUCGGAAAGACGCUCUUGACUACCGCUCUCGUUCGAUCUUCGGUUGCGCGGUAUGCUCAGUCUUCGUCUGAUGAGGCCGGACCGUCGAAGCGAGUCUUCUAUCUCAAGCCGGUUAGCACUGGACAGGACGACGAGUCGGACGUGAGCUACGUCGAGAGGAACACCGGGAGAUAUGGCUCGAGCGUCUCGACGAGGAACCUGUUUCAAUAUCGAGAACCGAUGUCGCCUCACUUAGCUGCUCAACUCGCGCCGGAUCUUCCCUUUCCAAAGAGCAAUGAUGAAUUAAUACGAGGGGUCGAGACAUAUACCCGGGAAUGCCUGGCCGAGCUCAAAGGGUCUCGCGGGGCUCUCUACGUCGAGACUGCAGGAGGUGUCCACUCCCCCGCACUCCAUCCACCACAUACACAAUCCACCUCGCUCCUCCCUCUCCGUCUCCCUUCCAUCCUCAUCGCCUCCCCACAUCUCGGCGGCAUAUCCACCACUCUCGCAUCAUACGAAUCCCUUCAUCUACGGGGAUACCACAUCUCGGCCGUCUUGUGCCUCGAUCACCCAUACUAUCGGAAUCACGAGUUCUUGGCCGAUUAUUUCGGGGAGCGGGGGAUUAAGUUCUGGGAUGUCCCUCCACCGCCAGAAAAGGAGGGGACGGUACGAGAGGACCGGGCGCGAUUGGGGGAGUGGUAUGAUCGGAUACAGGCGCCAGGGGAGGGAGCGGCGGAGGUUGCCGAGUGGCUAGAUCGGGAGCAUCAGGAGAGAAUAGGGAGGCUGGAGGGGAUGCCAGAGAGGACGCUGAAGAGUGUUUGGUGGCCUUUUACGCAGCAUGGCUUGGUGAAUAAGAAGGAAGACGUGAUGGUUAUUGACUCGGCGCACGGAGACAACUUCGACGCGUACUACACCAAACCGCCAGUAAAGGCGAGUUCUUCAUUGGUCGAGACCGAUGCCGCAUCGACGGAAAGUCUUCUCAAGCCCUACUUUGACGGCUCUGCCAGCUGGUUCACCCAAUCGCACGGGCACGCCAAUACCGACCUUACUCUAGCCGCCGCGCAUGCUGCUGGGCGGUACGGACAUGUUCUCUUUCCUUCGGGCACCCACGAGCCCGCUCUGAACCUCGCCGAGAAGCUGAAAGAGACAGUGGGGAAGGGAUGGGCCGAGCGCGUAUUCUAUUCGGACAACGGGAGUACAGGGACAGAGGUGGCGCUCAAGAUGGCGCUGAGGGCUGCGGGGAGACGAUAUGGCUGGGACGGGGAACGCGGGGGUGAAGUCGGUGUUAUCGGUUUGAGAGGGGGAUAUCAUGGCGAUACUAUUGGAUCAAUGGACGCUACGGAGGCAUCAGCAUUCAAUAAAGCUGUCGACUGGUAUAAAGGCCGCGGACACUGGUUCUCGCCUCCAAUCGUCCAAUUCAUCAAUGGGACCCCCACGAUAUCGACAACCGGACCCGAUCACUGGCCCGCUCCCCCUUCCUCCGGCUUCACCCCCGCGCCGGAUGGAUGGCAAACGACAUUCAAGUCCAUUCAGGCUGUGUAUGAUCUGGGAUCACGCACAGCCUCCCCCUUGGCGGACUACUACCGGUCGUACAUUCGUUCCAGCUUUGAGGGCCUGGUGAAGGAAGGGAGGAAGUUUGGUGCGGUCAUGAUGGAACCGACGUGUCUUGGGGCAGGCGGGAUGUUAUUUGUCGACCCGCUGUUCCAGGCUUGCUUGAUUGAGGUGGUAAGGAGCAGUGGGGAUUUGUUUGGGGGCGCGGAGCACAAGGGGAGAGGGUAUGAGGGAGAGAUGUCUGCAUUGGAUGGACGGGAUCCGGGGGAAUGGCAAGGGCUCCCAAUCAUCUACGAUGAGGUCUUCUCCGGUCUUCAUCGGUUCGGCUACAACUCGGCAUCCUCCGUUCUAUCCCACACACCCGAUAUCUCCGUCUACGCCAAAAUCCUGACGGGCGGCCUUCUCCCCCUAUCCGCCACCCUCGCCUCCACCUCCAUCUUCUCCGCAUUCCUCUCGGAGCACAAGGUCGACGCGCUCCUGCACGGCCAUUCGUACACUGCCAAUCCGGUCGGAUGUGCGGUCGCGCUCAAAGCGGUGGAGAUUGUGGAGGCGCACGAGCGGGCCGGUGGUUGGGUCGAAGAGAAGAAGGGGUGGGGUGUGGGACUAGAAGGAGAAGAAGGGAGGUGGAGUUUUUGGGGAGAAGAUUGGGUGGGAAGGGUCAGUAAGCGGGAGGGAGUGAGGGGAGUCAUGGCUAUGGGGACGGUGUGCGCUAUCGAGCUGGAAGAUGGGCAGGGCGGUUACGAGUCACACCGGGCUUUGUCGUUCCUUACUGCCCUGCGGAGGACGAUCAUAACAUCCCCGGACGAAGCGUUUGCGCCAUUCCAGAUCCACUCGAGACCCCUCGGAAAUGUGGUCUAUAUCAUCACCAGCCUGUUUACACAGCCGGAGGUCAUGCGUGCGAUGGAGCGGACGAUCGAGGAGGAGCUCGGGCGAGCAUGA